AUGUCGAAAGCCAACCCUUCUAUCGCACCACCCGUUCAGCAAGAAUUUAUGGCUGAAACAGAUUUCAAAAACGAAUUUGAUCAUGUCGAAGCCGUUGACGAAUAUGCCGCUGCACACGCCAAACUUGUUCGAAAGAUCGAUAUCCGACUUCUACCCGUAUUAUUCAUCCUUUUGAUCUUAAACUAUCUCGAUCGAAACGCUUUGGCUUCAGCCAGAGUACAAGGGCUCGAGAAAGAUCUUCACUUGAAAGGUGACCAAUUCAACAUCGCAGUGUCCAUUCUAUUUGCCGGUUAUAUCUUGGGUCAAAUCCCCUCCAAUCUUAUCCUUUCUCGAGUCCGACCUUCGAUUUAUCUCUCCGUGUGGGUGGCAUUGUGGGGUAUUGUAUCUGCAUGUACAGCUGCUGGGGACAAUUACAAUCAUCUGCUUGUUAUUCGAUUCUUUCUGGGUGUGACCGAAUCUCCUUACUUCCCUGGUGCUCUUUUCCUUCUCUCAUCGUGGUACACAAAGAAAGAGCUGGCAUUCCGAACAUCGAUCCUCUACACCGGCUCACCUCUUUCAGGAGCUUUCUCGGGGCUCAUCAGUGCGGGUAUCCAGAAAGGCCUAAACGGUGUCGCUGGACUUUCCUCUUGGCGAUGGAUGUUCAUCCUUGAAGGUGCUGUAACAGUCGCAGCUGCCAUUGGUUCCGCUUUUAUUCUUCCCGACUACCCUGCCACAACAAGGUGGUUGACCAGCCGUGAAAAGGCGAUCGCCGUGUAUCGAUUGGAAAAGGACGCUGGCGUAAGAGAUGAAGAGACAGUGACUCUUUUCCAAAGUUUCAAAGCUGCUGCCAUGGAUUAUAAGUUGUACCUUCUUGCUAUCAUCAUCAUCACCAAGACCACUGCCGGAGCCGUCACUCAAUUCAUUCCCACAGUGAUCGCCACUUUCGGAAUGUCCAAGGUCAACACCCUCUUGCUUACUGCACCCCCUUACCUUUUCGCUGCUUUCCUUGCGCUCACGAUAUCAUAUACAUCCGAUAAAAAGCCAGAAAGAUGCUUCCACCUGCUCACUCCCAUUGUGUUUGGUAUGGUCGGAUUCAUCAUCGCUACAACAACCACAAAGACGGCCCCACGAUACUUCUCUUUGUUCCUGAUGAUUGGAGGAAUGUUUGGUUCUUACAGAUGA